AUGGCGCGCUCCGCCGCGUUCAGGCUAGCGCGCGCAGCCCGCGCAGCCGCGGCGGCCACCACCCGCCGCCAGGCCCCCGCCGUUAGCCGCGAAGUCCUCCCGCGGUCCCUCGCGCCGCUCGCGGGUGAUGCCUCCGCCGCCUUCGCCGCCGCCACGACGAGGAGGCCGGCGUGGUUGGCCGCGCCUUUGGGGCGGUUUCCCGUCGGGGCCGGCGGAGCAGGGCUCCUGGUGCCGCCGCGCCGGCUGUUCCACUCGACGACGCCCGCUCAUUACAGCGCCACCGGCACCUCGUCCUCGUCUCAGAUAACACCAGGAGAAUUCACUGAGAUGGCCUGGGAGGGGAUUGUUGGUGCGGUUGAUGCAGCAAGAUUGUCAAAACAACAGAUAGUGGAGUCAGAGCACUUGAUGAAAGCUCUUCUGGAGCAAAAGGAUGGGCUAGCACGCAGGAUAUUUUCAAAAGCGGGCAUAGACAACACAUCAGUCCUGCAAGCUACAGAUGACUUUAUUUCUAGACAGCCAAAGGUUGUCGGUGAUACAACCGGACCAAUUAUAGGAUCAAGUUUUGUGUCGAUAUUGGAUAAUGCGAAGAAGCAUAAAAAAGAAUAUGGUGAUGAGUUUGUGUCAGUUGAGCACAUCCUGCAAGCAUUCGCUUCAGAUAAAAAGUUUGGACAACAGCUCUUCAAAGAUCUGAAAAUUGUGGAGAAUGAUCUUAAAGAAGCUAUUUCAGCAGUAUGGGGAAGCCAGCGAGUCACAGAUCAGAAUCCAGAAGGAAAGUACCAGGCUCUAGAGAAGUAUGGUAUUGAUUUGACAGAAUCAGCUCGGCGUGGAAAACUUGAUCCUGUUAUAGGCCGUGAUGAUGAAGUGCGCAGAUGCAUUCAGAUCCUAUGUAGAAGAACUAAAAACAAUCCUGUAAUCAUUGGCGAGCCAGGAGUUGGCAAAACAGCUAUUGCUGAAGGACUGGCUCAGCGUAUUGUACGAGGAGAUGUUCCCGAACCUCUAAUGAAUAGAAGGCUUAUUUCAUUGGAUAUGGGAGCACUACUUGCUGGAGCUAAAUUCCGUGGUGAAUUUGAGGAGAGACUAAAGGCUGUUCUAAAGGAGGUCACUGCUUCUAAUGGACAGAUCAUCUUGUUCAUUGAUGAGAUCCAUACUGUUGUUGGUGCAGGAGCCGCUGGUGGAGCGAUGGAUGCUGGUAACCUGUUGAAGCCAAUGCUAGGCCGUGGAGAACUCCGCUGCAUUGGAGCAACAACAUUGGAUGAGUACAGGAAGUACAUUGAGAAGGAUGCUGCUCUUGAGCGUAGGUUCCAGCAGGUUUAUUGUGGUGAGCCAGCGGUUGAGGAUACCAUCUCCAUACUGCGCGGUUUGCGAGAACGAUAUGAACUGCAUCAUGGUGUUAAGAUAUCAGAUGGAGCUCUUGUUGCUGCAGCAGUUCUAUCCGAUCGAUACAUCACUGGACGUUUUUUGCCUGACAAAGCCAUUGAUCUAGUUGAUGAAGCAGCUGCUAAGCUCAAAAUGGAAAUAACAUCAAAGCCUAUUGAAUUGGAUGAGGUAGACAGAGAAAUCAUAAGGCUUGAAAUGGAAAAGCUCUCACUGAAGAAUGAUACAGAUAAAGCCUCCAAAGGACGACUGAGCAAGCUUGAAGCUGAACUAGAAUCUCUCAAGCAGAAGCAGAAAAAUCUUUCAGAACACUGGGAAUAUGAGAAAUCUUUGAUGACUCGUAUAAGAUCAAUUAAAGAAGAGACUGACAGAGUGAACCUGGAGAUGGAAGCUGCUGAGAGAGAGUAUGAUUUGAAUCGUGCUGCUGAACUGAAGUAUGGAACACUUUUGUCACUUCAGAAACAGCUGGAAGAGGCUGGGAAUAAACUUGUUGAAUUCCAGCAAUCAGGGAAGUCAAUGCUUCGAGAAGAGGUGACUGACAUGGACAUUGCUGAGAUUGUGAGCAAGUGGACUGGUAUUCCAGUGUCAAACCUUCAACAGUCUGAAAGGGAAAAGCUGCUGCUGCUGGAAGAUGUACUCCACAAGAGGGUUAUUGGCCAAGACAUUGCAGUCAAAUCAGUGGCCAACGCCAUCCGCCGUUCUAGGGCAGGCCUAUCAGAUCCUAACCGUCCGAUAGCAAGCUUUAUGUUUAUGGGACCUACAGGUGUAGGAAAGACUGAGCUGGGUAAGACACUGGCUGAAUUCCUUUUCAACACUGAGAAUGCCCUAAUACGAAUUGAUAUGAGCGAGUACAUGGAGAAGCAUGCUGUCUCCCGUUUGGUUGGUGCCCCACCUGGAUAUGUUGGUUAUGAGGAAGGGGGCCAAUUGACUGAAUCUGUUCGUCGGCGGCCUUACUCAGUUGUUCUGUUGGAUGAAAUUGAGAAAGCGCACCAGGAUGUCUUUAACGUUUUGUUGCAACUGUUGGAUGAUGGAAGAAUAACUGAUUCACAAGGCAGGACUGUCAGCUUCACUAACUGUGUCAUCAUCAUGACCUCAAACAUCGGGUCACCAUUGAUCCUUGACACACUUAGAAACACCACAGACAGCAAGGAGGUCGUUUAUGAGAUAAUGAAGAAGCAGGUGAUUGAGAUGGCCCGACAAACAUUCCGACCAGAAUUCUUGAACAGGAUAGAUGAGUACAUAGUGUUCCAACCUCUGGAUACAAGCGAGAUCAACCACAUUGUGGAGAUCCAGUUGAAUCGGGUUAAGAACCGGCUGAAACAACAGAAGAUUCAUCUCCAAUACACUGCAGAAGCCGUUGAGCUUCUGGGGUCUCUUGGCUUUGACCCGAACUAUGGUGCGAGGCCUGUCAAGAGAGUGAUUCAGCAGAUGGUGGAGAACGAGAUUGCCCUAGGUGUCCUGAAGGGCGAUUUCAAAGAAGACGACACUGUCCUCGUGGAUGUAGGUUCUGCGGCGAUCGCAAAAGGACUUGCUCCGCAGAAGGAACUUGUCCUUCAGAGGGUAGAAAAUAGAAACGAAGAGUUAGUUGCCAAUGACUAG